CGCCACCCCGCGGCUGUGUCCGGACGACCAUCUUGAUUCCUUAACAUGGCGUCGUCGGAGAUUAAUAUGGCGUCCUCGGACAUAAUAACCGAAGUGGAGAUUCAACCGGAUAUCCAGGAAGUGGAAAUAGAAACGAUCCCAGUGGAGAUACCGUGCGAGACGGUGGAGACGACGAUCGAGGGCGAGGACGGGCAGCCGAUGAUAGCGCUGCAGCCGCUGCCGGAGCCGGGCCGUGAGGAAAUCAUACUGCAGACGCAGGAAGAGAUCGUUGGCGCGGAUCCGCUCAGCGUGUACGACCAGAUCCCGGUGCCGGAGAACGAUAUUUAUGUGGAGUCCAGCCCGGGGCCGUCCCGUAAGGCCGCCAAAAAGGCGCGCAAGAGCGGUGGCACGCGCUUCCGCGCGUCUGACCACGCGAUCUUCAGCGAGAUGGCCACCGAGACCAAGGCUAGAAAGUGGGAGCAGAAGCAAGUGCAGAUCAAGACACUCGAGGGCGAGUUCUCGGUGACAAUGUGGGCAUCCGGCACAGACGACGAUGAGGGCUCGAAUCCAGAACCAGAUACAGACUAUGCGGAAUACAUGAGCGGCAAGUCCAAUGCCAAGUUCAGUCACUCCGGUAGUUCUGUAUCAGAUGGUAUGCCCGGACUGGAUCUGUCAGAUCCGAAACAACUGGCGGAAUUUGCGCGCCCCGGCCACAAGCUGAAGGUGCGCAAGCCGCCGGUCAUGGAUGGAGUGGAACGCACUAUUGCUUGCCCGCACAAAGGCUGCACAAAAAUGUUCCGAGAUAACAGCGCUAUGCGCAAACAUCUACAUACUCAUGGACCUCGUGUACACGUUUGCGCAGAAUGUGGUAAAGCCUUCGUCGAAAGUUCCAAACUCAAAAGGCACCAGUUGGUACAUACGGGUGAGAAGCCUUUCCAGUGUACAUUCGAGGGCUGCGGCAAGAGGUUCAGCCUAGACUUCAACCUACGCACUCAUGUUAGAAUCCAUACGGGUGACCGGCCGUACGUUUGUCCCUUCGAUGGAUGCAGCAAAAAGUUUGCGCAAUCGACAAACCUCAAGUCACACAUAUUGACCCAUGCCAAGGCUAAAUCACGAAACGCGAUUGGAAGACAAGUGCAACAGAUCCAACUUCAACAGCCUCAGUUUGUCCAAGUUGAAGUUGCGGAUGUGGACAACCAACAGUUCAUUGUCUACGCCGAUUAGCCCCCCUAAACAAUGAUCUCGCGUAUCCAGUUACUGCAUCCAAUUAUACUGCAAUCACUAAUUAUUAAUCCAGACCAUGUAAAUAUUUUCACAAUGUGGAAAGUGACAUGCGGACAGAAAUAAGAGGAAAAGGAGGAGGUUAAUGACCAGGCGGUGAAGAAAAUGAAGAUAGAAAAAGAGGUUAUUAAAAGUGUAAACUGUCUUAAGAAGACGAGUUAAUUAAUCGAAUAAUACCUCUGUGCUUAGAUUCAAGAUAUUUGAAACAUCAGGACUAUACUGUCGCAAGAUAAGAAAGGAAAUAAAAUUAGGUUACACGGGUAAAAAAGGGAAAAAAAUGGAAAAAAAUAUAGCGUACUUUCUAAGAUAAAGAUAGCAAGCUAGACUGUGUGGCGCACUGCUCAAUCUCGUGUGAAUAAAAAAAGAAAAAAAAAAUGAAACAAAGUCUAGUGUGCUGCUCGUGUAACAGACACACAUACACAUACACGCGCAGAUACACGUACAUACACACUCACAGUCGAUUGUAUAUAUUUAUAAGUAAAAUAUUGUAUACAGUAUAUUUUGGAGAAAUUCAAAUGAGAAUAAAUCACAGAGAUGAGUCUCUUUUUUUCCGCCGGA